GUCUGCCAGGACACAACCGUAGAAGAAGAAGUAAAGCUACGUAGACCAAAACCCACUAGCUUCACAGAGACAAGCUAGCAGUGAGCGUUUCUGUGAGAUUACACAACACUGUCGUCACUCAGAGUUAGACCUGAUAGCUGACGGAGGUUAGACCACAUCUCUUCAGACAUGACGAAGCACGAGUUUGAGGUCGCGAUGACGUGUGAGGGAUGCUCAGGAGCUGUGACCAGAAUCCUCAACAAGGUGGAAGGUGUGAAGUUUGAGAUCGACCUGCCCAAGAAGCUGGUCUGGAUCGAGUCUGACAAAGAGGUGAAGUUUCUACAGGAGACGCUGGAGAAAUGUGGGAAGGAGGUCAAGUACAACGGCACUAAAUGAAGGAACCUGCUCCACGUGGAUCAGGAAAUCACUGCUGCUGAUGUAAAGUGAAGAUUCAUGCUGUUCUUUAACUGACUGGAAGAGUCGGACGGGCCAACACCUCCUCCCUCCACGCUUACACGCACAAACAUCUCAAAUGUAAUAACUCAUGACGACAGAACUGCUGAGCAUGUGUGGGUAACGAAACAAAACGCACACAUCGGUAUAUAAUGAAGGAAUGAGAAGAAAGUGAGGAAGAUGAGAAGAACACAGAGGCGUUUCUUAAAUCAUCUCUCUACUAACAUUUCCCAUCAUGCCUCUGUUCAGUAAACUGAUGCAAUUAGCUGGAGUUUGAAUGAGAGAAGGAUUUUUAAAUUUGACUUUCAGACCUCUUUGACUCUUCUUCCGGUCACUACUAAACUUCCCGACACAAUCCAAGAACAUUCCCUAAAUUUGACUUACUCUGCACAGUCGGCCAUGUUUUCUCCAUCCUUAGUUUUUAUAUUUUUGCGUUUAGUAUUCUUUAAAGUAAUCACAAGGGAGAAACCUCCGUCCAACCAGCUUCCUUUUAUCCUCAUCACGCUUUACACUACGAUAAUCCACUAACACAACAGGUCAAAUCCAUCAUGUUUAUUGAGACUUACUGACACGUGUCUUUGUUGUCUCUGAACGACGUGAUGAACUCUUUGAUUCUGUUACUUUAUGAAACAUAUAGCUCUCUUCUCCUGUACUUUUCUAACUGUCUGUCUGAAUCCGUGAAGGCACAAGAGAAAUAAAGUCACUUCUGCCAGAAAAAAACA